AUGGCUAGUUCUCGUCGUUCAUCAAUUUCAAGUCGGUCUCAGCCAGUUACUCUUCUCGAUGAAAUCGAUGAAUGGGAACGAGGAGCAUUAUUACUUGUUAAGCAAACAGCUGAUCAUGCUCGACAACGUGUUCAUACAUUAAUGAUAUCAAAUAACAUAGCUGUUGGAAAAGAUUCUAAUGAAUUUCGACGACGUAAUAGUACUGAUAAUUCUAUUGAACACUUGAAUUCAAAACUUAGAAAUCUUCAAACAGCACUUAAUACUCAUUCACCUCGUAUUCGAUUAAGUAUAACACCGAUUGAUUGGUCAACAAUACUUCGUGUUUUUGUAGAAACACCAUCGAUAUUCAACUAUGAUAUAUCAACUCCAAAACAAUUAUUUGUUGGUGGAACACUUUUAACUCAUGAAGAUCAAUAUCAAUUAAAUAAAUUUUAUGGAAAUGAAAAUCAAAAGUGGCAUUUAAUAUAUAAAGCUACAAAAGAUGGCUUUGCAAUUGAUGAUUUUCAUCGUUGUUGUGAUAGUCAAGGUUCAACAAUAACUGUUAUUCAAUCUUUGGACAAUUAUUUAUUUGGUGGAUAUACAUCAGUCAGUUGGAAUUUUCAUCAAGGUGCUAAAUCUGGUGUUACCGAUCGAACUGCAUUCUUGUUCACAUUAAAUAAUCCUCAUGGUAUUUCACCUACUAAAUAUACAAUAAAAUCAUCAGGUGAAAAUGCGAUAAUACCGAAUGCAAUGGCACCUACAUUUGGUCAAUAUGACAUUUGUAUUUAUCCAAAUAGCAAUUUGAAUUCUCAAAGUUUUAUUAAAUUUCCUUCAAACUUUAUGGAUUCAACUGGUAAAGGUUACUUAACAUUUACUGGUUCAACUAAUUUCACAACGACCGAUAUUGAAAUAUAUCGUUUGGGAAAUAUGUGGGAUCAUCAGUUUUAA